CGCCUCCACGCUUGGGAACAGUCUUCUGAAUAUUCAAGCAUUGCUGCCUUCUGUGGGAGAGAACCACCCACCGCAGCGUCCCGGAGUGUCCUGCAGACCUGGUGAGAGGCAUCUUGUGCCUGGAGAUUCCCGAAAGAUUUGAUCAUCAGGAGGUUUUUCGGGACAUUACCAAACCACUCAUUUUUGCAGCUGCCUCCAGGUGAUGAUGGCCGCCUGAAUGUCCGCCAUGGCCCACCGGAACCGCCAGAGCACUGCCAACAGCAUGCUUGACCACAGGGCCAGGCCAGGACCCAUGCCGCAUGGCCAGGAGCCCGAGAGCAAGGAUGUGGAGCUGCCUUUGGAGGGCUAUGUGCCCAAGGGCCUGGAGCUGGCCAGCCUGAGGCCCGAGAGCCCCACGCCAGAGCAGCAGGAAUGCCACAACCACAGCCCUGAUGGGGACUCCAGCUCCGACUAUGUGAACAACACCUCCGAGGAGGAGGACUAUGAUGAGGGCCUCCCUGAGGAAGAGGAAGGCAUCACCUACUACAUCCGCUACUGCCCAGAGGAUGACAGCUACCUGGAGGGCAUGGACUGCAACGGGGAGGAGUACGUGGCCCACGGCACACACCCUGUGGACACCGAUGAAUGCCAGGAAGCCGUGGAGGAGUGGACAGACUCGGCAAGCCCACACCCGCUUGGCCACGGGGCUGAAGACAGUCAAGACUACCCAGACGGCCACCUGCCGAUCCCGGAAGAUGAAACUUCUGUCCUGGAGGCCCAGGACCAGGAAGAAGGCGGCCACUACUGUCCUAGCAAAGAGGGGUACCAGGACUACUACCCCUCGGAGGCCAAUGGGAGCGUAGGCAGUGCUUCCCCCUACUGCCCGAGGCGUGGGGAUGGGGACCUGGAGGACCAGGAGGAGGAUAUUGACCAGAUCGUGGCCGAGAUCAAGAUGAGCUUGAGCAUGACCAGUAUCACCAGUGUCAGUGAGGCCAGCCCUGAGCACAUGCCCGAACUGGGGCCCGGGGACUCCACAGAGGCCUGCACGCCUGGCGAGGCCAGCCAUGGGUCCAGCCGGCACGAGGCCAGGCCCAAGUCGCUGCACCUCCCCGCUGAGGCCAAGCACCCUGGAGACCCCCAGAGAGGCUUCAAAACCAAGACCAGGACACCAGAGGAGAGGCCAAAGUGGGCCCAGGAGCAGGUUUGCAAUGGAUUGGACCAGCCAAGGAAGCAGCAGCGUUCUGAUCUCAAUGGACCCAUCGACAAUAACAACAUCCCAGAGACAAAGAAGGUGGCAUCAUUCCCAAGUUUUGUGGCUGUUCCAGGGCCCUGUGAGCCGGAAGACCUCAUCGAUGGGAUCAUCUUUGCUGCCAACUACCUGGGGUCCACCCAGCUGCUCUCUGAACGCAACCCCUCCAAAAACAUCCGCAUGAUGCAGGCGCAGGAGGCCGUCAGCAGGGUCAAGAGGAUGCAAAAGGCUGCUAAAAUCAAGAAAAAAGCGAAUUCCGAGGGGGAUGCCCAGACACUGACAGAAGUGGACCUCUUCAUCUCCACACAGAGGAUCAAGGUUUUAAAUGCAGACACACAGGAAACCAUGAUGGACCAUGCGCUGCGCACCAUUUCCUACAUCGCCGACAUUGGGAACAUCGUGGUGCUGAUGGCCAGACGCCGCAUGCCCCGGUCGGCCUCGCAAGACUGCAUCGAGAGCACGCCCGGGGCGCCGGAGGGGAAGGAGCAGUGUAAGAUGACCUGCCACGUGUUUGAGUCGGAGGACGCCCAGCUGAUAGCCCAGUCCAUCGGGCAGGCCUUCAGCGUGGCCUACCAGGAGUUUCUGAGGGCCAACGGCAUCAACCCGGAAGACCUGAGCCAGAAGGAGUACAGCGACAUCAUCAACACCCAGGAGAUGUACAACGAUGACCUCAUCCACUUCUCAAACUCGGAGAACUGCAAGGAGCUGCAGCUGGAGAAGCACAAGGGGGAAAUUCUGGGCGUUGUGGUCGUGGAGUCGGGCUGGGGCUCCAUCCUGCCCACCGUGAUCCUGGCCAACAUGAUGAACGGCGGCCCGGCAGCCCGCUCCGGGAAGCUGAGCAUCGGGGACCAGAUCAUGUCCAUCAACGGCACCAGCCUGGUGGGGCUGCCUCUCGCCACCUGCCAGGGUGUCAUCAAGGGCCUGAAGAACCAGACGCAGGUGAAGCUCAACAUUGUCAGCUGUCCCCCUGUCACCACAGUCCUCAUCAAGCGACCCGACCUCAAGUACCAGCUGGGCUUCAGCGUGCAGAACGGAAUCAUCUGCAGCCUCAUGCGAGGGGGCAUCGCCGAGCGAGGCGGUGUCCGUGUUGGCCAUCGCAUCAUCGAGAUCAACGGGCAGAGCGUGGUGGCUACGGCUCACGAGAAGAUCGUUCAGGCUCUGUCCAACUCCGUCGGGGAGAUUCACAUGAAGACCAUGCCUGCUGCCAUGUUCAGGCUCCUCACCGGCCAGGAGACCCCGCUGUACAUCUAGGCCCACCCGGCCUUUGCCAUGGAGCCGGGGACGACAGGCGGGCCUGCCUGCGCAGAGCUGGAGCCAGGAUAAAGCUUGGAGCCCUGACCCCACAGCCCAGCCAAGGACACUGGCUCCCCCAAAGGGUGUGCCCUCGCCACCCAAUCUGGGGUCUUUUUGUUUGUUUUUUGUUGGGGGGGUUGAUGAAAAGGGGUAUGUCUUUAUCAAGAGAGAGUCGCAGGAACAAGCCUUUGUACAACAUGCAAGUAUUUUGCCACCUUCGGAACUGUUUCUCAUUGCGACUGACAAAGGGCGUUCACGGGUCCCUCUGUGUGGUGUAGAGUGUGUGUCACUCCUCCCUGAAGCUGUAGAGCGCAAAUUGGGUGCCCGCCUGUGCGGCUGUGAAGGGAGACCUGAGGGACACAGCUCCUGGGCAGUGGCAGGGAGCUUCCACCCCCUGGCUGGGACACCUGGAGUUCUGCGGCGUCCCAGAUGGACCCACACAGCCAACUCUGCCGCUGCUUCCCCAGGAGCGUGGGCAUGUCCAGCUCCUGGGAUGUGACUUGUGCUGAAAGUGUGGGAACAUGUGACAGAUUGUAUUUUCCUAGAAAGGAGAUGUUCCUGAGUUAAAUAAAGGUUCAUGGCCACAACGUUAAAACUCCAUAUUUAUUUAGAGGAUAUUGCCACUUGGACUUCCAUUUUGGCAAGCUGUUCUUCAGAUCUUUGGGGUUUCCAAUGACCUGUGACCGACACCUGCUUCUCCUGUCCCCACCUGUUCUCUGCAUCACCUGAGUCUCUGUGAACUUUCCUAGGAACCUGCCCUCCCCACCACUGCUCCACCACAGGGCUCCGACGGGUGGGACAUGCUGAGUAUGCUGCCGGGACACAGACAGCGGCAUGGGCGUCUCUUCCUCUUUAUAGCUUAUACAUGUGUCACACACAUACACCCCGCCCCCCACCCCGAGAAACCUUGACCUCUGCCCUUCCUGAGGCCACCAGCCGUAAGCGCAAAUUCCUUGGCAAGCCAGGCGCCCCUGCGAUGAGCAGUAUUAGUACGUGUGUAGAUCACUGGACACAUCGUCUGGUUCAGUUCAUCAGAGGUCAAUGUUAACUGAUGUCAUUUUGUCCGGAAGUCUCUUUUUUUGGCCCAGGCCUUGAAGAAUACACUGUGACUUAAGAAGCCUUACCACGCAGUAACUAAAGCUUUAGGAUUACUGUACUCGAGGAGUAACCUGUGUGUUGCAUGCUGCUGACCUUAGGAAGACUUCGCACAUAUCACUAAUAAACCUGAAGUCGUGAAGAAA